AUGAAAAGUCAAUAAUAAUUCUCGAGCACCUAGGAUUUACGGUCAACCUUUACUACGCUUAAAAGAUAGACAUUUUUUUAUGUGGGAGAAGGGAAUAAUGGAGAAUUAGUUAGGUAGAUUCUAUCUAAAAGACCGAAUUUUUAAGAAUAGAGAACUCCUUUCAAUGCUCAUUUAAUCUGGAAGCAAAGCAAUAAAUAUUUUAAUUAUUUUUAAUUGGGACAGCUCAAGAGCAAAAAAGUGACCAUUAAUCAUUUAGAACACCAUUAUGUGAUUACCAACAAGAAUAAUUUAUUUCACACUCUCGAAAAUUAUUGCAAUAAAACUAAGAUGAAUAUGGACGAUCUUGUUCCAAAGACUUUUAUUAUAAAUUUGGACUCAGCGCAUGUUUAAACUGAUUUGAUGAAAUUUUUGGAAUAUUUUACUUAGUGCAGUAAAUAAUCUUUAAAUAUAUGGCUAAUGAAACCACCAGAUUUAAAUAGAGGGAAUGGAAUUAAAUUAUUUAAUGAUUUAGAUUAAUUUGUUGAGUUGAUGGAGAAUCUUAAUAAAAAAGGGUAGACUUCAGUUAAAUAAUAAAAAUCGAUAACACUGACAUUGGAUAAUAAAAGGAAGAUCAAAUUAUCUAUAGAUGAUCAAGAUAAAUAAAUUGUGCUUUAAAAAUAUCUCGAAACCCCAUUAUUAUAUAAUUAGCGUAAAUUUGACAUCAGAGUAUGGGUGUUAAUAGAUCACAAAUUAAAUUAUUAUUUCUUUCGUGAAGGUUAUUUUAGAUUAGCAACUGAAAGAUUUGACAUUAAUAAUAUUCGUAAUCUCUACAUACAUCUGACUAACAAUGCAAUUUAAAAGCAUCAUCCAUAUUAUGGGAAAUAUGAAAUUGGUAAUUAAAUCAGUUUUGGCGACAUGUAACGCUAUUUAAAAUUUUAAAAACCUUAAUUGAACACAAUAAUCUAAGAAAUGAAAAGAAUAGUUAAACUAACAAUAGAUUCAGGUUAUCAUAGAUUGAAUGAAUGCAGAAAGAAUUUUUAGUUUGAAAUUUUAGGCUAUGAUUUUAUGAUAGAUAAAAAUGGACAUGUUUGGCUAAUUGAAGUUAAUACAAAUCCUUGUAUUGAAGAGAGUAGUCCUCUCCUCAAAUAACUGAUACCAAGAAUGCUUAACGAUGCAUUUAAAUUAACGAUAGACCAAAUUUAUGAGACAGAGUAAUAAACAUAGACAUACCCAGUAAAUGGAUACAAAUGUGAUGAGAAUUUGUGGGAUAAAUUAGGAAUAAUCUAAUGA